AUAGCGUUGCAACACGCUCGGCAGCUCGCUAAUGGACAGUGAUACUCGAACGGUCCGCCUGUGAACAGGUUUGCGACAACCGUCGGCGCGCGCGCGCGCGCAUAAGUGAACGCGAAACCGGAAGAACCCGGAUGCGGGAUGUUUCAUGUUUAUGUAAAAAAUGGCAUUCCACUUCAUUGAGUAAUCCAUGUGCCGUUCUUUGUUAACUCGAAGUUGAAGGUUCACACCAAUUGGGGAAAGAUCUUAUCUUCGCGAAGAAGGGUCAACGUUUGAUUACUUAAUAGAAUUUUUACUGUUCGUGGAAAAUUGCCACAUGAACAAGUGAUUUAUAGGUGAAUCCCAAAAGAGAGAAAAAGGAAGAAUUCGGUGCGUGAACUCUAUUACUUCUGUAAUGUGUGAACUGUACGUGAGAAUCGUCAAAAUGUGUGUUUGUCGAUUACGUAUAUCAAUCGACUCUGACGGACUAGAGCGCGAUUUUAAUAUUUAAAAGCUACCGUAGCCGAAUGUGCCGUGGAGCGAAGUGGCGUAUGCAGGCUAGAUAAGGGUCUCGCCCGACUUAGGGAACCGGGCGGUAUGGGUUUGCCGCGUUUCUCCCUGAAGAGAUACUUUUUCUACGUGCUAUGUCUGACGGGCACGUUGCUCAUCGUGCUGAAUCUUCUGCAGGACGAGAAAUGGCACAGUAUGCGGCCACAUCCUGGCCAGCCGCAGUCCGUUCGAGUUACCGGCGACGGGCCAAAGAUGAAACCCGAUUGGCCUUUGAAAUCGAAGAAGCCGACGAUGCGAGUAUUACGCACUCGGGAGCGAGUGAGGAAAAGACUCUCGUCCGAGGGAUUGAAUAUAAAUGGAACCGCGAGCUUGAGCGAAAACUCGAUAGACUUGGAUGCAACGCGAAGACCUUGGUACAUGAAAGGAGGAACCAGAAGACCUUAUCCAGCGAUAAGAACUCGCAAUACUGGCAGAAGAUUGGCUCAAUUGUGGCCGGAGGAAGAUGCUUACGAUGAUCGAGUGACCAAUCAGCUAAUGUUCGUGCCACCCGAUUACAACAGAACAGGUGGUGAGCAUCCAUUAAAGAAGAUAAUGAUUCCUCACGGGAUGGCCGAGGCCAAAGUCGGUCCUGACAUUUUCUUCCAACAACGCUGCCCGGUGAACACUUGCACGAUUGUCCGCGACAAUCCGGACAACGCCGAUCUCAUUCUAUUUAAGGAUUACAUCACGCACGUGGGACGAAGAUCUUACAAUCAGGUGUGGAUGCUGUAUUUUUUAGAAUGUCCUUAUCACACGCAGAGUGUAAAGAACGCCCUUAUCAAUUGGACCGCCACGUAUCGGCGUGACAGUGAUAUAGUGGCACCUUACGAGAGGUGGCAAUAUUAUGAUUCCAGUGUCACACAGAUCUCACAAACGUUUAAUUAUGCGGCAAACAAAACGAAAAAGGUCGCCUGGUUCGUUUCCAACUGCCAUCCCCGAAAUCAGCGCAUGCAUUAUGCCAGGGAACUCUCGAAAUACAUCCAAGUGGACAUUUACGGUGCGUGCGGCAGCCUACGCUGCCCGCGGUCGCAGUCGCAAACGUGCUUUGACAUGCUCGACGAGGACUACAAGUUCUAUCUCGCGUUCGAGAACUCCAACUGCAAAGACUAUAUCACGGAGAAGUUCUUCGUUAACGGACUUGGGCACAAUGUUCUGCCCAUCGUGAUGGGCGCCCAUCCGACGGAUUACGCGCGUAGCGCGCCAUACCGUUCCUACAUCCACGUGGACGAGUUCGAGUCGCCGAAGGAGCUCGCCGAAUAUCUGCAUCGGCUGGAUCGCGACGACGACCUGUACAACUCAUACUUUCGUUGGAAGGGCACCGGCGAGUUCAUCAAUACGUAUUUUUGGUGUCGAGUAUGCGCUAUGCUGCACGACGACCGUCCGCCGAAAUAUUACAAGGACGUGAACGAGUGGUGGCGAGGGGACGGCGUGUGCACGACCAGCUCGUGGCGGGAAAACGACGUCGUGCGUUCACCGAACACCUGAGGAGACGAAAUCGCCCCGGGAAUACGUUUAGAGGGCUCUUCCGGCGGCCACGGGGAGUUCCGUGCGUACGUGCGUGCGUCCGCCCACGACACGUUGCUCAAUUUCUACAAACGAUUCCGAUUCUUCCAAAACAGAACAUUGCCUGAGUCUAAGAGGCGGCCGGAAGGUUCAGAGAACGUUUAUUGUGCUUUCGCAUCUAACAAUAAGCGGGUUGCUCGAGGCGGAUCACGAUCGCCCGAAGACGUUGGAUCGAUCGCAAAGUUUCGAAACGAGGUCCUGACGAGGCGCGAAAAGACGCGUGACCUCGCACGACCUCGUUUCGCGGGCACUCGAGCCACUCUGAAGAAGGUAUCAAUAAGACCCUCGUCGAAAGUGUCACGCGACUUUUCAUCAUUCGGCUGCUUUUAGGGGUAAUCGAAAAGCAACGACUUGACGAUACGAAGCUUCGCGGUGUUGCGCAAGCGAAGUGGCUUUUACUCGGCGAUCGAGAUGCGGACGCGGAUAAACGGCAAGGCAAAGAAAUGUCUCAAGGUCUAAAUGAGAAUGCUCGUUUGCGAGAAGGAUUGCGCGCGAAUUUUUUUCAAGGAGGGCAAUCUGUGUGCCUAAUUGUCAAAUCUUCCAAAAUAACAUUUCUAUACACCUUUUUCGGAUGAUAAACAAAGAAUUGAGGCAGGCGAGAGGUGAUUUUAUGAGAAUAGCCACGACGGACCCCUGAGAGGUCAUUUUACUUAUCUACGACGGAAUUCGUUUGGGGACAAAAUUUUGCGAUGUUCACAAAAAUUUGAGUAGACGUAUGGAGGGCGCCGUAAAAUAAUACAAUACGUAUCACGAAGACAAAGUGUGAUAUGCGUUAGUCCAGAAGACUCGAUUCUCGCUGUGCAUUUAGUACUGAAUUGUAUUGCUUAUGAUCCUAAGCUUUAUCUGUGCAAUUUAGAAAGAUACGCACGAUCGCAGACACUUUAGAUGGAGAAUUAGGAUUACGUUUGCUAUUAAAUGUGCGAUGAGAAUAUAUGGGUUGGUAUAUGUGUUGGUAUAUGGGAUGACCCCGAAUCACCGGAUAAUCUUCCAACUACAUGUACUAGAGGACCAAUUACGAAAGAUAGUGGUUUUAAGAAAAGAAAACGUUAACAUCGAAAAUUACGAUGUUAAUUAGCAUUGAAAAUUGAGCAUUUCUAACAAUUUAGACUUUGAUUAUGUAAAUAGUAUUGAGUUGAUUCAUAAAAAAAAAUGAGAUCCGCUACACAUAAUUACUGAAUUAUUUCUUCCGAGAAACCAGUAUUAUUUACGGUAUUUAAUUAUUUUAUCUGCUGCGAAUAAUUUGUAUCAUUUACAAAUCAGUAUUUAUACUGUUAUAACGGUUUUUAAAUAUAAGCAUUCAGUUUGUUGAAUAAAACAAAAAGCACAUUUAUGAAUCAACCCAAUAAAAUCUCAUUUCUCAAUCGAUUUUAUCUUGACAAAAAUUUUAAAUUAAGCUUAUCUAUGUCAGUAAUUAAGUUGAUAACUAAUUACAAUGAUAAAUAAAAAUGCGAUAAACAUUGCUAAAACGCGAGUCAAAGUUUUGCAAAUUUAUCACAAGAGCUGUAGCUGGAAGGACACUCGGUGGAGAAAGAUCUAAACCGCUAGAUAAAUAACUAAAAUCUAAUAAAAGAGAGAAAAUUAGCAAUUGCGAGAUUUGCGUGUAACUUAAAAGAAUAGUGGCGUCUAAAAUCGAGUGUAAACCGCGUAUUGUUUUGUAAAGCAAUUUGCGAGCUUUCAUCGAGGAGGAAGAGAAAGCCCGCUACCUUUUGUAGAGUGAGGAUUACUGUUCAGUAUUUAAUAUUAUUGUUCCUUCUUGCGAAUUCUGCGAGGGGAUCUCUUAUCGUUGUACGUUGUAAGUGAAAAAAAUUCAUGUGCAUUCAGAUUAGGUCACGUGUAAAAAUUGUAGUAAACUUUACUUUUCCGACAAUAAUUAUAUACAAUAAUAAUUUCCUGUAAAUAACUCAUACAUUUGUGUAUUUCCACUUGUGAAAUCGACAGAAUGCAGGAUUUGUAAUAGAAUUUAUAGAGUUCUUGAAUGUAAUUAGAAUGUUAAUUAGUAUGUGAAUCCUUGUAUAUUUAAUAACUUGCAUUUAUAUUUUUGAAUUGAAAGAAUGCAUGUAUUUGUAUAUUUUGCGAAUCAAAGCGCAUUUAUUUUUGAGCUACGUAGUAUUUAUUGAGCGUACGAAUAAUAUCGCUCACGUAAUAAGCGCGCGUGAGUUUAUAAAAUAUUUAAAAGUCUUAUCCUUGAGUGCACACGAAUUUUGUUAUUCAAUAAGUCGUUUUGUCGAAGUUCGCAGAAUCUAGUCAAGAAGAAGCUCAGUGAAGUAUUUUCGAAUAUAAUUUAUACUAAUAGUAUUAUAUACAGCAAGUACCUGUUUGAAGUAAUUCCUAUUAUAGUUUUUCUUUUCAACUGAAUUGAUUUUGAAUUGAAUCAAUUGCCCGUGCGGGACACAGCACGUAUCGUCGCACGACGUAUAAUCAUGUUCACUCCGUGGCUAGUGUCAAUUCGAAAACAACGACUUCCGGUUUGAACACUAGUCUAGCUCAAACGUAGCUCAAGCUUGGACGAAUUUAGUCCAGAGAAAAGACAGAAGCACCGAAAAAAAAAACAUGAAAGCGGAGCGCAAAAUAUAUAUUUGAAACGCACGAAAUGUAAACACGUAAAAUCACAAUUUAGUCACCUCGAGGAGAGUUUAACCACCGAUCUCGAACGGUUCCUACAUUAUAAAUUAUUCACAGUGCGCACAAGCAGUAUAACUAGAUAUUUAGGUAAAUAACUAAUUAAACGAUUAGUCGAAGUCGACCAUACCAAUUGACACCGAGAAGAUGUGCAUAUCUGGAAUAUCGUGGAUAACCGUUUCUUCUUUUACAGUAUCCAAGUUAUGUUUACUCUGUUUUAGACAGAGAUAUUAUAUCUUAGCGAUUAUUAAUUUUCAUACCGAUUGAUGUGCUUCAGCGAAAGUUACUUAAAUCAAUUAAAUCGCGACUUCAAUUAGUUGCGUGCGAAAAGGCAUUUGUACAAUCUGACAUUAUAAGUAUUAAGUUAAAAAUUUAUUAUUUAUGUUAUGUUAUAUUAUAUGAACUUAAUCAGAUUCCUUUUCGUAAAUACGCAACUCGAUAUAUUCCUGUUAAUUUAUACACGUUUUUGACAUCAAUCAAAAACGGGGCAGAACAGCGAAGUCUGGGCUGUAAGAAGUUCUUAAUUGCAUUGUUAGGUUUGUUAACGAUUGGUGCUGCCUGUAACGAUUGGUGCUGCUGUACGACGUAUGUGAGGUGUGUGUACGUCGACGACGAACUCCCGAUUGAAGCGGCCAGUGUAGACCCGAAUAUAAGUACCAAACAUUAGAUUUAUGUAAGCAGCAAAAAGGGCGCGAGAGAAUAACGCACGCUCGACGUCGAGAUAUAUCCGUGGCGAAAUAUGUGAUAAAUAAAUGUUUCUCGAGUAUAUCGUCGAUGUUAUACCCUCGAUGUGCGUAAAUUGUAAAAUGAUAAUCGAGAAAUUGCUGAAACUAAAUAGCUGCUAAUUCGUAAUGAAUGGAUGAAAGGAAAUUAAUUAAAUGCUAUCAUGCGGAAGAAUACAUCAUUUGUUAGCAGAUGCAAAAUUAUAAUGCGAAAACUAUACACAUUUCUUAAAGCGAUUCGACUCGAUCAAUAUUUUUGUCCGCCCCAAAUUCAACGAUGAAUAUACGAGAUGUAUUAUUACUUAUUCUCUCGGUGAUUGCCCGUUGUCAGUCUCUAGAUAGCACAUUUGUAAAUAGUAGCAUGUACGAAGGUCAUGAUAUUCCCGUAAUGUAAAGAGAAAGAAACACGUCACCGCAUGUAACAUUGAAUAUGUCGAUCGUGGUAGAUAAUAAAGCUACGCGAGACAGUAUUCGCCUUGGCGAAACGUGAAAUCGGUUCAAGUUCAAUCGCAGCUCCGAAAUAGGUGUUAUUAUUCGGUUUCGUAAUGUCGGCAAAUCAAUAUCGAAGUCGGAGAGUGUAUUCAAUGCGCAAUAUUGUUCGUUCAGACUUUACAUUCGAAAUCGUCGUCGUCUUGAUGCAACGGUACAGCCAAUUUUGAAAUCCAUUGUUUCGACGUGUAACGAUUGUGGACCGACUUCACGUAUCGAAUUCGGAAUCAAGUACUAUUUCGCACACAGCUCUAGUAGAUAAUGCAUUCGAAUCAAUAUUGAAAAUUUGUAGAUAAAAACGUGACAGGUAACGUGGCUCGUUUGGGCGCGAACGCGCUUUAUUAUUAUUUUUUAAUCCGACAUCGUCUGUACUCGGCGAGCCGCGAUUAGUGCCAUAAUGUUGUAAGGUCGUGAAAAAAUUAAUCAAAAAUCGUGUCGUUGUCUUAACCGUUAACAUCCACGUACAUAAAUUUUCCGCAAUUAAGCGCGGCGGAAAAUCCACGCAGACAUUAUCCCAUUAUAAUUUUUCAGAAUAUACAUGUGCGCAUACGAAAAAUUAAUUGUGACGUGAAAACUAUACAUAUAUACGUCGAAAUGCAAUUGUUCGUAAAAUUUUGUUGACAAAGAAAAUUUGAGCUGUUUUCUACAAAAGGCUUGUGUACAAUUCUUAUUUUUAUACACGAUGACUCGCGACGAAAUCAAUUUCGUGGUUCAUUUUUUUUUUCUAAUGACAUUGAUAUUUCAAUAUGUCUGGAAUCGUCGUUUUCAUAUCUUUUCUAUCAUGCGAUGUUUUACUUAUUGUUAGCGUAGCAACGUUAAGUUUCAUGGUUCAUAUGUCAUAUAUGUGUUCAUAUUCAUAUAUAUUAGUUAUAUCGACUUUUAUGCGCAUUCCUGACCUAACAAAUAAAAACGAACACUAUUCUUAA